AUGUCUGAAAAUUUAACUGAAGAACAAAUUGCCGAAUUCAAGGAAGCUUUCUCCCUCUUUGACAAGGACGGUGAUGGAAAUAUUACUACCAAGGAAUUGGGUACCGUCAUGAGAUCACUUGGUCAAAACCCAACUGAAGCUGAACUCCAAGAUAUGAUCAAUGAAGUUGAUGCCGACGGUAACGGAACCAUCGAUUUCCCAGAGUUUUUGACAAUGAUGGCUCGUAAGAUGCAAGAAACCGACACUGAAGAAGAAAUCCGUGAAGCCUUCAAGGUCUUUGACAAGGACGGCAAUGGUUUCAUCAGUGCCGCUGAAUUGCGUCACGUUAUGGUCAACCUCGGUGAAAAGCUCACUGAAGAAGAAGUCGAAGAAAUGAUCAAGGAAGCUGAUAUGGACGGUGAUGGUCAAGUCAACUAUGACGAGUUUUUUUAA